AAUAGCCGGAACAAGAUAAAAGUGAAUAAAACAAAAACAGGCGCAGAGAGAGAGAGAGAGAGAGAGAGAGCUUCGAAGAAGAAGAAGAAGAGAGGUCUUUUCAGGCCAUCUCUGUAAUCUCCUAAUUGGCUCUCAACUAUUAAUGCCCAGACUGCGACUCACUCUCUUCCUCCUUUGAAUUUCAAUAUAAAUGCUGGCUCUCUCGUCUUCACUGCGUUCGUCUACUCCACCAAACCCUAGUUUCAGGCUUCAAACUCCUUGGUGCGUUGGGCAGUUUUUGAUGGCAUUGCGGCCUUCUUGAUUACAUUCAUUAAGUUUUAAAGGGCUUGUUUACUGGUAGGUCUUGCUACCAUAGAACUGUUAGGAGUUCACUGCAAUGGAUCACCUACGUUCAACCCCUGGUAAUGGCGAGGAUAAUGUCGGUAUUCCUGAUGAUAUGCGAUGCAAGAGAUCAGAUGGGAAACAGUGGAGGUGCACGGCCAUGUCUAUGCCAGAUAAAACAGUAUGUGAAAAGCACUAUAUCCAGGCAAAGAAGAGGGCAGCUAAUUCUGCAAUGCGUGCUAAUAUGAAAAAAGCCAAGAGAAAAUCGUUAGGGGAAAGUGAUGUUUACUUGGAGAGUAAGAGUGAUGAUUUUGACGUGCCACUGGCAAGUAUCAAAUCAGAGGAGUUUUCUCGUCCGUCCCCAGGGAAAAAGUUCACCAAGAUAUCAAGAAACCAGUUUCGUUAUUCACCUGAUCCACCACCUAUGAGGAGCGUGUCUAGGCAUAAUCCUCCAAAUGACGAGAGAGAAUCGGACGAGUAUGAGGAAGAUUGGAGUUCUUAUAAGACACCACCUGUUUCUGCCUUGGACUCAUCCAUGAAUAGGCCACAAAGUUUUGAUGCUAAUGCUAUGACAGUUUCGGAAUCCUCUGAUGGAAGCUCAGAAUCCUCUCAAGAGGCUGGUGGUCAAACUUGUCAUCAGUGCCGGAGGAAGGACGACACAGUCAUCUGGUGCCACAGAUGUGAUAGACGAGGAUACUGUGAUAGUUGUAUUCGUACAUGGUAUUCGAACACCCCAUUGGAAGAUAUUCAGAGCUCUUGUCCUGCAUGUUGUGGUACCUGUAAUUGCAAAGUGUGCCUUCGUAGAGACAAUUUAGUAAAGGUAAGGAUCAGAGAGAUUCCCGCUCUAGACAAGUUGCAAUAUCUCCAUUGUCUGCUGUCUUCUGUGCUCCCUGUGGUUAAGCAAAUCCAUCAAGAACAGUGCUUUGAAGUAGAACUAGAAAAAAAGCUUCGUGGAAGUGAUAUAGAUCUUGCCCGGACAAAACUGAAUGCAGAUGAGCAGAUGUGCUGCAAUUUCUGUAGGAUUCCCAUCAUUGAUUAUCAUUGGCAUUGUCCCAAUUGUGCUUAUGAUCUGUGCCUUAACUGCUGUCUCGAUCUUCGAGAAGCAUCUAUGCAAGUUGUCAAAGGAGAAGUGUCACAGGAGAUUGGUGAUGAAAAUCAAGAAAAGGGAACCGUGCUGGAGCAGUUGCCGAAAGUCAGACUAAUUUUUUCAGAAAAGUUCUCUGACUGGAAAGCGAACAGUGAUGGCAGUAUUCCUUGCCCCCCGAAGGAGUAUGGUGGCUGUGGUUAUUCAACAUUGAGUUUAAGUCGUAUCUUUAAGAUGAACUGGGUUGCAAAGCUUGUCAAGAAUGUGGAGGAAAUGGUUAGUGGCUGUAGGGUUAAUGAUGCUGACCAUCUAGAGAAAACUGAAGUUAAUGAUCCAAGACUUUGUCAGUAUGCCCAUAGAGAGGACAGUGACAAUUUCUUGUACUGUCCUUCAUCCCAGGAUAUUAAAUCUGAUGGGAUUGCCAAUUUUAAAAGACAUUGGCUCAGGGGUGAGCCCAUCAUUGUAAAGCGGGUAUUUGAUAGCUCAUCAGUUUCAAGCUGGGAUCCCAUGGUUAUAUGGAGAGGGAUUCGGGAGACAACAGAUGAAAAAUCAAAAGAUCAGAACAGAAAGGUGAAGGCUAUCGAUUGCUAUGACUGGUCUGAGGUUGAUAUUGAGGUUGGUCACUUCAUCGAAGGAUACUCUGAGGGACAAAUUUAUGAAAAUGGUCGGCCAAAAAUUUUAAAAUUAAAAGACUGGCCCUCUCCCAGUGCUUCUGAAGAGUUUCUAUUGUAUCAGAGACCUGAAUUUAUCAGUAAACUGCCUUUACUUGAGUAUAUUCACUCCAAGUUUGGUCUUUUAAAUGUUGCUGCAAAAUUGCCCCAUUAUUCUUUGCAAAAUGAUGUGGGACCUAAGAUUUUCAUAUCUUAUGGGACCCAUGAGGAACUUGAUAGAGGCAAUUCUGUGACCAAUCUUCAUUUCAACAUGCGUGACAUGGUAUAUUUGCUGGUGCAUGCAUGUGAGGUGAAGCAAAAAGGUCGGCAGAAGACAAAAACUGAGAACAUGCAAAAACCCUUCGAGGAAUCUGAGGUUAAAGAAUCUCAUGAGGAUCUGGAAAUGGGUACUGGAGACAGUACGUUCCCUGAUCUAUCAAUUGAUCAGAAUGAGGAGAAUCCAUAUGAGGCAAGGUUGGAUACAGAUAAAGUUGAUAGUGCAGCUGAUCAUGGGAUUGAAACUACUCCUGUUGAAGGGAAUACCAUCAGUUGUGAACAGUCAGAGAAAGAGGGUGAUGAUAUCUCUCAAAAGACUCAUCCUGGAGUUUUUUGGGAUGUUUUCCGUCGAAAGGAUGUUCCAAAGCUGACCGAGUAUCUAAGAAUACAUGGGGAAGAAUUUGGGAAGCUGAAGAGUGAAACAAACAACUUUGUGACAAGACCUCUUUAUGAUGAAACACUGUUCCUGAAUGAAAAUCACAAAAGAAAAUUGAAGGAAGAAUUUGGGGUAGAGCCAUGGUCCUUUGAACAGAAUUUGGGGCAAGCUGUAUUCAUCCCUGCUGGAUGCCCGUUUCAAGUCAGGAAUCUUCAGUCUACGGUUCAGCUGGGUCUUGAUUUCUUAUCUCCUGAAAGCCUUGGUGACGCUGCAAGACUGGCUGAAGAAAUUCGCUGUCUUCCAAAUGAUCAUGAAGCAAAGCAGCAAGUGUUGGAGGUUGGACAAGGGAAAUUUUACGUAGAAGUAGGAAAGAUAUCACUUUAUGCAGCAAGUUCAGCUAUUAAAGAAAUUCAGAAAUUGGUACUUGAUCCAAAAUUCAGUGGAGAGCUUGGGUUUGAAGAUCCAAAUUUGAUUGCAGCAGUUUCUGAGAAUUUGGAGAAAAUUACCAAGCGAAGACAGAUAGCAUGUACUUGAAACUGUCUACAGUAGCGGCGACUUAGAUGGUAGAAAAUUUAGUAAAGGGAUGGCUAGAUGCCUUGAUGAGUUUUCAACGUGUAAAUGUGCAAUGUGCAAUAUUGUGAAUUCUUAUGCUGUCUGAUUGUAGGGGUACUGCCUCGCACCAAAAACAACAGUGUAGUAGUUGUGCCAUUAGUUAAUGAAAAGCUAUAUAUUAAUUUCUGCUCUA